UGGGUCAGUCCUUUAUAUCCAACAACCAGUUUAGGGGGUUUGAAAAUGUGCAACAGAAAAUGAAAAAAAUAUUAGUAUGUGCUAGUUUAUAUUGAUGGAGAUACGUGUUAUAUAAUUAAAUAUAAAAAUGCAAAAACAUACAUAAAAGUCUCCAGUCUCUGAAUACAAAGAUUAACAGAUAGGUUUUAUAAUAUUGAAAAGGUGGACACUUUCUGAGGAAGGACAGAAUCUACAAAAGAACUGUCCGCCCUAAAGGAGGACGAUUGGCCACCUUAUUUAUAUUCAAUUUUGACGUUUGAAUAUGAACUUUAUUUUGCCACUCGAAGCGAAGAGUCGUUCAGUGAUUGAAAGAUUCAUCCUUCCAUAAAUUUUGCCGAUACUAGCGCCUCAGACGGGAUAUUAGGGAGACUUUCUUUUGAUUUCUUCCUUUGCUAAUAGAUGGCUCGCUUUUCUGUCAUCUUCAAGAUGCCGAUAUGAUGCUGAGCGUGGCAUGCGCAGCACGCGUAUCCCUGUCGCGCCCGGUGUCGCCCGAAUGACCUUCAAUAUAAUGAAGAAACAUAUGUCCAGAGAAACGUAUAUGUCGCCAAUCGGCGAUAGGCUCCAAAGCUUUUCAUCUCUAAUUGAUGCCUCCUUACCUCAUUUGUAGAAUAUACGAGCUGUGUAUGCACGAAAGUAGUAUUUUAGUUCAGAAUUAAAUUUAUUUUUCUCAAUUGCUGUAGUAUAAUUAGAGUAUUAUCCUUUAAUACGUUCUCCAAACAAGCACAAAAAUUAGACAUUUGUGUUAAGACAUCGUAGAUCAUAGGAGAACGUUAAGUUAAUUCUUAUCGUUUGACACUGAGUUAGAAAAUGAUUUCAAUCUGUGUUUACUAUUUUCGUUAAAGGGACCUUGAGCUCCAAUUACUUCAUAGGCUAUCAUUGAAGACGUGUGACGUUUAUGAACUUUGACAUGUUUAUCGGAUAAGGUAGCCGGUUCUUGCUUGACGACUAGGAGCAAGGAGCCAACAAGGAGCGGUUCAUUGCAUUCCUGUCGAAUCCUUUAUGCUUUCGCUCUGACUGCAGCAAGCAAAACCUACGCGCGAUUUCCAGUUGCUGGAGUGUAAUUGAGGUGAACACGUGAUAAUAAUUAAACAUUUUCACCAUGGCAACUGAAGGAGAAACAUUUGGCAAACUGCUCUCCGGAACUGAGAUAGCAAAGGAAAUAAGAGCAUCACUGGCAACUGAAGUGGCAGAACUCUCUAAACAAAUACCAAACUACAAGCCUGGGCUAGCAAUUGUCCAGGUGGGAGGGCGUGAAGAUUCAAAUGUGUACAUUAGAAUGAAAAUAAAAGCUGCUCAGGAAAUUGGAAUUGAUGCAGUUCAUGUUAAACUACCAAAAUCAAUAACAGAAACAGAGUUGUUGAUGAAACUUGAAAAGUUAAAUAAUGAUCCUAAUGUUCAUGGAAUAAUUGUGCAAAUGCCACUAGAUUCUGAUAAUCCAAUUGAUGCCCACUUAAUUACUGAUGCUGUGAAACCAGAAAAAGAUGUUGAUGGGCUUAAUACAAUUAAUGAAGGGAAAGUUGCAGUUGGAGAUUUGACUGGAUUUUUGCCUUGCACACCCAAUGGAGUCAUGGAACUUAUUAAAAGGAGCGGUAUCAAGAUUGCUGGUUCGAACGCUGUUGUAUUAGGCCGAAGCAAAAUUGUUGGCACACCUGCUUCAGAGUUACUCAAAUGGCAUCAUGCUACUGUCACUGUUUGCCAUUCAAAGACAAAAAAUCUGGAUCAGGAGAUAUCCAGAGCUGAUAUCCUUGUUGUUGCUGUUGGUGUACCUCAAAUGGUAAAAGGCCACUGGAUAAAGCGAGGAGCAGUUGUUAUUGAUUGUGGAAUAAAUUCGAUUCGUGAUCCUUCUAAGAAAUCCGGCUCUCGGUUGGUUGGUGAUGUCGCCUUUGAAGAAGCUAAAGAAGUAGCUUCUUACAUUACUCCUGUGCCAGGAGGAGUUGGACCACUUACUGUUGCUAUGUUAAUGAAAAACACAGUUUUAUCAGCCCAGAGAGCUGCCAAAAAGCUUCUGAAUACAACCUGGAAUUUAAGGUUGUUACCAAUUACACCAGCUACACCAGUGCCAAGGGAUAUAGUUAUAGCACGAGCACAAGAGCCAAAAAAUAUUAGUCAGUUGGCUAAUGAAAUUGGACUACUUCCUAGUGAAGUGCAUCUUUAUGGAGAUAAGAAAGCAAAAGUUAAUCUUUCAGUUUUGAAGAGAUUGGAGUUACAGAAGCCUGGAAAAUUUGUUGUAGUUGCUGGUAUUACUCCAACACCACUGGGUGAAGGUAAAAGCACAACAACGAUUGGUUUAGUGCAAGCCCUUGCUGCUCACAAGAAGAAAAAUGCUUUUGCAUGUGUGCGUCAACCUUCUCAAGGACCAACGUUUGGCAUCAAAGGAGGUGCAGCUGGAGGAGGAUAUUCCCAAGUAAUACCAAUGGAUGAGUUCAAUUUGCAUCUCACUGGUGACAUUCAUGCAGUGACUGCAGCAAACAACUUGUUAGCUGCGCAAAUUGAUGCCAGAAUAUUUCAUGAAGCUACUCAAAAUGAUAAGGGUUUGUUUGACAGACUGGUUCCAGCAAAAAAUGGCAAAAGAUCAUUUUCCAAAAUUCAGUUGCGGCGCCUGCAAAGACUUGGAAUUAAUAAAACAAAUCCUGAGGAUUUAACAGAAGAAGAACAAAGGAAAUUUGCUCGUCUUGACAUUGAUCCCAAGUCUGUUACGUGGCAAAGGGUGGUUGACACAAACGACAGAUUUCUAAGAAAAAUUACUAUUGGUCAGUCUCCCAGUGAAAAGGGCCACACUCGUGAAACUGGGUUUGCUAUGACUGUUGCCAGUGAAAUAAUGGCUAUAUUAGCCCUAGCUGAAAACUUGGAAGACAUGAAGCAGCGUCUUGGAAAAAUUGUUGUUGCAGUAGACAAGCAAGGACAGCCUGUUUGUGCUGAUGAUUUGGGUGCAACUGGUGCCAUGGCAAUCCUUCUAAAAGAUGCCAUUCAGCCAACGCUAAUGCAGUCUCUGGAAGGCACCCCUGUGCUUGUGCAUUGUGGUCCCUUUGCCAACAUUGCCCAUGGUUGUUCAUCUGUAAUUGCUGAUAAAGUGGCCUUGAAACUUGUUGGCCCCGAGGGAUUUGUGGUCACAGAAGCAGGAUUUGGAUCUGACAUAGGAAUGGAGAAGUUUUUUAACAUUAAAUGUCGCUCAUCAGGCCUUGUGCCAAAUCUUGUGGUGUUGGUUGCAUCUGUAAGAGCUUUGAAGAUGCACGGCAAUGGACAUCCUGUCGUUCCUGGAAUUCCUUUGCAUGAUGAUUACGUUCAUGAAAAUAUUGAGCUUGUAAAGAAAGGACUUCCGAAUCUUCAGCAGCAUAUACAAAAUUGCAUUAAGUUUGGUGUUCCAGUUGUGGUUGCAAUCAAUAAGUUUAGCUCUGACACUGCUGCAGAACUCAAAGUAAUAAAGGAGGCUGCUCUGUCCUGUGGUGCAGCUUCUGCAGUUGUUUGUAAUCAUUGGGCUGAAGGAGGGCUUGGAGCUGCUGACUUGGCAGAUAGUGUCAUACAACAAACAUGCCAUCCUACAGGAAACAUGAGAUUCCUGUAUGAUUUAACCAUUCCCUUGGAAGAAAAAAUUACUAUAAUAGCGCAGCAAAUGUAUGGAGCAGGGAAUGUGGAAUUGUCUCCUCAUGUACAGAAAAUGUUGCAGACAUAUACUGAACAAGGAUACCACAAUUUACCUAUCUGCAUGGCAAAGACUUCCAACUCACUGACAGGUGAUCCGAGCAUAAAAGGUGCCCCUAAGGGUUUCACUUUGAAAGUGAAUGAUGUGUUCAUUUCUGUUGGUGCUGGAUUUGUUGUGACUGUGGUUGGUGAGAUUUCUAGACUUCCAGGCCUUGGGGUGCGACCUAAUAUAUAUGACAUGGAUCUGGAUACUGAAACUGAAGAAAUUGAAGGAUUGUUUUGAGAAAUUAUGCAUUUGGAGAAAUUAAAGACUGUUUUGUGAUAAGCAGUUGUUGCAUGUUACAAAUGUAAUUAAGAAAUAUAUAUUUUUAUAAAAUCUUUGAUUACUGGAAAUAUACGAAACUAAGAUUUACAAUUUACUAUUGCACUAGUAUUUGUAUAAUAAUUGUUGUUUUGUUUUGUGUAAUGUCUAGAAUAAGAAAAUCAUUAAAGAAUAGGAUAAGAAAAUUGUUAAAGCCUAAUAUCACUAUUAAAUGUUUGCACUUCAAAAUGAGUUGGUAUUUUUUGUUUUUGUAAUGGACAUUAGAUGUGAUGAAAUGACGAAUGAAUGUUUAAUGAGCAAGUGAAAGUUAUCAAUGUUGCAGGGGGUAUAUGUAGUGACAAGUAUAGUAGAACCUCACUAACUUGAUACAAGGUGGACUAUGAGAGUAUUCAAUCAUACAGAUCAACAGAAAUUAAUAGGCAAAGCCCUUUUUAUUUUUUAAUUUAAAAACUUAACAGUAUUCAACACUAACAUAAUAAAAUGACUAACAUUAACAUAACUGUAUACCAUCCAAAAAAAUGAUUCAAACAAACUAGUAUUUGUGGAAAUUCUAUGAUUAAACAAAAAUAAUCAUGAUGGAAACAUCUCUUGAUUGUUGACUAUUUUUUACUUUCUUUUGAAUUCAAUUUCUGCCUCAUCAAUUGAAGGAAAACCACAUCUAUUACAGAAGGCCCUGUUGCUCUAAAUCUUUUAAGAUUCGCUCAAUGCACUUCACAUCUUCCCAGUGGCUCAUUUCUUUUUGUUGACCAAUUUCCUAUUCUUCCUAACAUUCAAUAUCAGAAUGUUGUAAUCUUAUCCAAAAUGAAAAAUGCUUUUAUCAAGAGAUUCUUAGGCCCUAAAAUGCAAUAACCCGAGGGCCAAUAAUUGGCAAAAGCACCCUCUGAAAAUGGAUUCCUGCAUCCAUGUAUUGUGCUGUUUUCGAUACCAGGUUAUCAACAAGCUGAAUCCACUAUCUGGGCAAAGUAUUUUUUUUAAACUUGUGACUUCUUAAUUUUUCCAAGUAGGUCAAUCCUUUUGUUGCACUGCUCCUCACAACAAUAAUAUACUGUGCUUAAUUUCUACUAGGACUUUAGUUUAACUUGCCACCAUUACUGAAAGCAGCAACCAUGAAGCUUUGCCUCCUUUUGAAACAACCAUGGCUGGCCCCUUGAGCUGCAGAGGUGGUGAGUGUCAGGUCAAGCUGCAGCAACUUUCCCGUUUCUGUGUUUUUUCCAUUCAAGAGUUUGUGGGUGGGGUGGGCAGAGAAAUGAAUGGACCAGCGAAACAUCUCCAGGCGAUUCUAUCACUUGGAACAACGUGCGCUUAAGAAACAAAACUGUAAUACUGAAAAUGUCGAGGGAAGUUUUGACUCAUUUAUUAUCAGCAACGUAACUAUAAUUAUUAUUUAAUGAAAGAGAGAGAAAAAUCUGAAAGAUUUCUCGUGAAAAAUUACAACCUAGCUCUUCAUUAUUUAUAACAAUAAUAAUAUUUUUAUGAAUCCUGCAGAUUAAACACAUACAAUGGUUUUAAUAAAAUCAAUAAAAAUAUCAAUAGUGUAAAUAAGUUGUAAAUUAAUAAUUAAUGAAAAUGAUUAAUAAAAACAAAAUAUUAUUUCUCUAAAAUGACAAUGAACUGACCAUAUAGAAAAUGCCCAAAGUGACAACCAUUUUCCAAGACAGACGUUUAUUUUUUUCAAAGUAGCAACUGCAACAUGUUUACAACAGACAGGAACGGGACAGAAUAAGUGCUUUCUUUUUCUUCCAUCUAUAAUUAGCCAAAUUCUCACAGCUUGAAAUCUUAGGGCAUGUGGCAGGGGGCCACUAAAAGUGAAAGGGAUGCUGAAGAUAUUUCACAUGUUGCCUAAUUGCCAAAAUGAGUUUUCCCUGACAUGGGUUGCAAGUUUAACUAAAGACCUGGUAUUGUACCUUGGGACUUUUUUGUUUUCUUUCGUUUUUGUCUUUAUAUUCAAAGCUUAACUUUUAAUUGCAAGCAUUCAAAAAAAAACAAGCCUUUUUCAUCAUAAUUAUAAUUAGUGAGCUUUUAGACCUUUUAUUUCACCUUUAUCCGAUCUUCUCUGUGCAUGUAACUUUAUUUCCUAUAAAACUCUCAGUUAGUUCCAGAUCAUCUUGAUCAUUACAUCACAAAAAAAACUUUAAUUCUUCUUGCAAAUGUUCAAAUGAGACAAUUGAGCUCUGUUGAGUUUGUGAGGGUUUUGUGGAGUGAUAAUUACGUUUUUGUUAGCAAAUAUUAUGUAUAGUUUAAUGGUGUUGGAAAUUAUUAUUAAGAAUUAAAUUAUAAUUGUUAUAA